UCGCAUUCGCCUUGUCAUUGCUUGUCAUCCCUGAAUGCUGUUCGUAAGAAUCAAAAAAAUUUGUCAAAAUUUAAGAGGCUAUUUGAUAAGUGUUUUUUAUCUUGUGUAAAAAUGUCGAGCGGUGCACUUUUUGGUAGUAAUGUUGCUCGCGGGUCUAGCAAAAACCUUGUGGAAUUUAAGGCAGGAAAAAUGACACUCAAGAGCAACAAGGUUUUUCCAGAUAAUAGGAAAGGACAGCUUUAUGUGUACCAGUCAGAUGAUUCUUUGAUGCAUUUUUGUUGGAAGGACAGAACUUCCGGAGUUGUCGAAGACGAUUUGAUAAUCUUCCCCGACGACUGUGAGUUCAAACUCGUUCCUCAGUGCACCACAGGUAGAGUCUACCUCCUAAAGUUCAAAUCAUCCAGUAGAAGAUUCUUCUUCUGGCUGCAGGAUCUGAAGACUGACAAGGAUGAAGAGCACUGUCGAAAGAUCAACGAAGUUCUCAACAAUCCUCCAACCCCCGGUUCUCAAAGAAGUGGAGGUGCGAACCCAGAGGGCGAUUUACAAAAUCUCCUGAACAAUAUGUCACAGCAACAGUUGAUUCAGCUUUUUGGAGGUGUUGGACAAAUGGGGGGUCUUGGAAGCUUGUUGGGGACCAUGAGUAGGCCACAUGGAAGUGCUCGAACGACAACGACGACCUCCUCGGCGCCAGUCGCGACGACCGUCGCUAGACCACCUGCUGCUCAAACUCCUGCACCUAUCGCCUCUGCGGGAGCGACUACGACUGAAGCAUCAAAAUCUACCGGCGGAAGCAAAUCUUCAGCCAAAACAACAACACCAGCUUCUGGAACCGAGGAUGAUGCAAGAAAUCCCAUUAGAGUCAGCGAUUUAGCCCAGUACCUUUCUGGAAUACCAAAGCCUUCUGGGGAACGAACUGAUCAGAGGGGCGUAGCAAGUGAAAUGACCACUUCCAUCCCAGCAGCGAUCGCGUUGACCGAGAACCUGGAACUCGAAAUGAAAGCGCACUUGCCACCCGGGGACAACCUCUGUACCACGCUAUCGUCUCCCCAGUUCUCCCAGGCGCUAUCAAUGUUCUGGUCUGCUUUGCAGUCGGGCCAGGCUGGCCCAGUCAUCCGUCAGUUUGGCCUGGGAGCUGAGGCCGUCACCGCAGCUGCCAACGGGAACCUCGAGGAGUUCGUCAGCGCCCUGGAGUUCGAGACCAAGGGAGGACAGUCAUCGGGACAGAGCGAUCAGGGACAGGAAGACCCCACCAAGACCAAGAAACCGUCCCCGUCGGGGGGCGGCGGAUCCACAGAUAAAAAGGAUGAGGACGAUGAGGGCAUGUGUCUCGAUUAGGCAGAUUCAUUGCCCGGUUUUUAUCAAAGAACUAUUUCUGUCACGAGUAAUGUGCUCUGGAUAUACUGGUAACUUGAAAUGUUACUAAUAAUGCUUCACUACGACUUACUUGUGUAUCUCUUUGCAAUAUUCAUAAGAAAUGAUAGAGUGUAAGCUACUCAUUAUGUAAUAAAAUUGUUUCGUUGAAAGGUGAUUGCCGUCUUUUGACUUGAGAAAUUUCAAGUUCAAUCUUUAUCUUGUAUUUAAAGUCACUUUUUGAGAAUUAAAUAUUAUAGUCUUUGGAA